UUAUUCAGAGAAGACCACAAGGCCAAAUUCUUCGUAUAAUAUAAAAACAGCACCAAAAGCUUCAUCUAAGUAUUAUUAUUUUCUUUAUAAUAAGGAGUUGAAAUCUUCACCAUCUUCACUAAGUACUAGUUGCGGUUCUUUCGAAGCCCCUUUCUUCCAUCACAAAACGCAAAUCCCGAUACAAAAAUUUUCAUGUUCUAAUCACUGUGAACGUCAAAACUCAGUAGUACAAAAAAUUCAUCACCCAUUUCUCAUUUCUAAUUUCUCUGUCAGCCUUUCACUAGAAUGCAGGCAUCAACUUUUGGUGUUAAAGGACCCACUUUUGGGGUUCAAGAGCGAAAGGGGUUGGUGGGGUUUAGAGAGUUCAGAAACGGGAGUGUUCUGAGACCCAGAAGAGUCUGCAUGAGAAACAAUGAAACUGAUCUUUGCGGGUUAAGGCUUGGUUCUGUCGCUAUGGAAACUGAAGUAACUCGUACUAGAGUUGGUUUUGGUGGCAUUUUUGGGCCCUCUGUUAAGCCCAGAUCAGUGAGGGCUAUGGCUUCUGAUGGAAACAUUGAGGAUGUUGUUCAACCUAUUCCUCAGGGAAAAUCUUCUGGAACUGUUCUACCCUAUGUCGGCGUUGCUUGCCUUGGAGCCAUUUUAUUUGGCUACCAUCUAGGAGUGGUAAAUGGUGCCCUUGAAUACCUUGCUACGGAUCUUGGAAUCAUUGAAAAUACUGUUCUACAAGGCUGGAUUGUCAGCACACUACUUGCUGGUGCCACUGUUGGCUCAUUUACUGGUGGAUCAUUGGCUGACAAAUUUGGAAGAACUCGAACUUUUCAAUUAGCUGCAAUUCCUCUAGCAAUUGGAGCAUUUCUUAGUGCUACAGCCCAGAGUGUUCAACCAAUGAUCAUUGGUCGCUUACUUGCUGGUAUAGGAAUUGGUGUUACAUCAGCUAUAGUACCAUUAUACAUAUCUGAGAUUUCACCAACUGAAAUUCGUGGUGCACUCGGUUCUGUUAAUCAACUUUUUAUAUGUAUCGGGAUUCUUCUGGCACUGGUGGCUGGGUUGCCUCUGGCACGAAACCCUAUAUGGUGGCGGACAAUGUUUGGCAUUGCAGUAGUUCCAUCUGUUCUGUUAGCACUUGGAAUGGCAAUUUCACCAGAAAGCCCCCGUUGGCUUUUUCAGCAAGGAAAAAUUGCUGAAGCUGAAAAGGCUAUUAAAACACUCUAUGGAAAAGAAAGAGUUGCUGCAGUUAUGUAUGACUUAUCAACUGCAAGUCAAGGUUCAUCUGAACCUGAAGCAGGAUGGUUUGAUCUGUUUAGUAGCCGAUAUUGGAAAGUUGUCAGUGUCGGGGCAGCACUUUUCUUGUUCCAGCAGUUGGCUGGAAUAAAUGCUGUAGUGUAUUAUUCAACUUCUGUGUUCCGUAGUGCUGGCAUUGCUUCUGAUGUUGCAGCAAGUGCCUUGGUUGGUGCAUCAAAUGUUUUUGGAACUGCUAUUGCUUCCUCCUUGAUGGACAAACAAGGAAGGAAAAGUCUCCUUAUCACAAGCUUUAGUGGGAUGGCUGCUUCUAUGUUGCUUCUUUCUCUGUCUUUUACUUGGAAGGUUCUUAUACCAUACUCUGGCACCCUUGCCGUCCUUGGGACUGUUCUCUAUGUCCUAUCCUUCUCUCUUGGUGCUGGUCCUGUGCCUGCCCUUCUUCUACCGGAGAUAUUUGCUUCUAGAAUUAGAGCAAAAGCGGUUUCUUUGUCAUUAGGCACGCAUUGGAUCUCCAACUUCGUCAUUGGCCUCUACUUCUUGAGUGUUGUAAACAAAUUCGGUAUCAGCUCUGUCUACCUGGGGUUCUCAGCUGUCUGUGUUCUUGCUGUUUUGUACAUAGCUGGUAAUGUUGUGGAAACAAAGGGUCGAUCAUUGGAGGAAAUAGAACGUGCUCUCAGUUCAGCAUGAAAAUCUUCCAGGAAAUGCAUGUGUUCAUAAUUCCUAUGCUGCUCACAGAACUGUUAAUAACUUGUUUAGUGUAAUCAAAUUUUGCUCAUGUGCAAAUAUGGGAAUGAUGUGUGAGCUUUGUUUAAGCAUCUGUGAUAAGUACUAUCUUUUCAAACCGAUAGUUCUUGUCACACAAUGUAUGGCAGAUAUCAGCAAGAACAUUCUCACUUCCUUUGUUAAAUUGAAUAAAUUGGACGUCCUUUCUUUAAAAUUGAGAGUGAUAA